AGCGCUAUCCCCGCUCGGGAGCGUUGGGGUACGGCCGGCUGCCGCCCGCCCCGUUCGGUGACCGGCGGCCGGCCGGGGACGGGAGCGCCCCGCGGUGUUGUGCAGCGGCUCGGGGAGCCCCGGGGUGCGGGCGCGGCUGCGGCUGCGAGAGGAGGGGGUGCCCCUUUGGGGGCAGUGCGUGAAAAUUAGAGGAGGGGUUGUUGUGGAGUGGGGGGUGGGUGGGGAGGGUUGACAAAAAGGGGUUAUUUAUUGUUAUCAAAACGCUCCGAUUUCUGUAUGUGGCGUAGCGGGGGUUAUACGAGGGAAGACGCUUUAUUGUAGGAAGUGGCUAUUUUUAGGUUCGCACAGCGCUCUGCGGCAGCGCUCGCCCCCGCCCCAGGUUAAUUACCUUUGUCUCCGUGGGGCCGGGGCAGCCCCGCCGGCCCAUGGGGGACCCCGGCCCGCCGCCGGCCCCCAGCCGCAGCCCCAGCCCCGGGCCGCCGUGGUCCUUCCCCUCGCCGGCCGCCGCCUCCCGUUCCUCCUCCUCCUCCUCCUCCUGCCCCUUCUCACCCACCGCGCCCGGUUCCUCCGCGCUGUUCCCGGCGCAUCCCCGCGGCGCGCAGGAGGAGCGGCCGCCGGCGGUGACACAGCAGCAGCCGGGCGGCGAGAGGCUGGGCAGCGGCCCCGCGCCGGGACACCCCCCUCCCGGCCACCCCUCCUCCGACUUUAAACCCGCUCUCGGCCCCCAGCAGGAUUUAAACAAGCAGCAACCGCAGCAGCAACCGCCGCCUCCUCCUCCGCCGAGCCAGAAGAGGAAAGAGUUGAAGCCGCCGCCGCCGCUCAGCCCAGCCCAGCUCGGCGGCAGCCACCCCCCCGACUAUCAUCGCCACCCCCCUCAGCAGCAGCAGCAGCAGCAGUUCAGCCACCCCACUGACAAGUACCGGCAGCAGGAGCGCAGGCAGCAGCAGCAGCAGCUCCAGCUCCUCGGCGCUCGCCCCCCGGAGCCGCCGCCGAGCCUCGGGCCCCUCAGCCCCGCCGAGCGCCGGGCGGGCUCCGAGCGGGGCGCCCCUUCCCGCGCGGGGGGACCGGCGCCCGCCGACCCCGAUGUGGGGGUGGCCGCCGCCGCCUCCUGCGUGAAUCCGCCGCCGUCUCCUCCUCGUCCGCGGGCGAGAGCCGAGCCGCCCCCCAUGGAGUCCCCCCCGAACAGCCACUUGCUGGGCAGCCCCGGGACCCUCCUGCCCGGCGGGCUCGGCUCCGGCUUCAGCAGCCUGCAGAGCCCGGAGAUCCCCAGCCCCCAUCACCAGAGCGGGGGCGGCUCCUCCUCGGCGGCUUCCCCUCCUCCUCCGCCGCUGCCCGGCUUCGGCACCCCCUGGUCGGUGCAGACUUCGUCGCCGCCUCCGCAGCAGACGCAGCAGCCUCCGGUCUCCAGCGGCGGAGGGCAGAUCAGCGCCAUGCCGCCGCCGAGCCCGGAGUCCGAGACCAGCUUCUACCCGGGGAUCCCGUCGUCCAUCAACCCCGCUUUCUUCCAGAGCUUCUCGCCGGUGUCUCCUCACAACCCCUGCGCCGGGCCCUUCAGCAGCCCCUUCUCGGCCGCCGCCCCGCCGCCGCCGCCGCCGCAGAUGAAUUUACCUCAGCAGCAGCAACAGCAGCAGAACCGGAGGUCCCCGGUGAGCCCGCAGCUCCAGCACCAACACCAGGCGGCCGCCGCCGCCGCCGCCUUCCUGCAGCAGCGGAACUCCUACAACCACCACCAGCCUCUUCUGAAGCAGUCGCCGUGGAGCAAUCAGAGUAGUGGCUGGAGCACAGGAAAUAUAUCCUGGGGAGGAAUGCAUGGCAGAGACCAUCGUAGAACUGGAAACAUGGGAAUUCCAGGAACUAUGAACCAGAUAUCUCCUUUGAAGAAACCCUUUUCUGGUAAUGUCAUAGCUCCACCUAAAUUUACUCGCUCCACUCCAUCACUGACUCCAAAAUCAUGGAUUGAAGAUAAUGUUUUCCGAACUGACAACAACAGUAAUACUCUCCUUCCCUUGCAGGAUCGAAAUAGAAUGUAUGACAGUCUGAAUAUGCACUCUUUGGAAAACUCCCUUAUUGACAUUAUGAGAGCAGAGCAUGAUCCACUUAAAGGUCGCUUGAGUUAUCCACAUCCAGGGACUGACAAUCUUCUGAUGUUAAAUGGCCGUUCUUCCCUCUUCCCGAUAGAUGAUGGUUUGUUGGAUGAUGGUCAUAAUGAUCAAGUUGGAGUCUUAAAUUCACCUACCUGCUAUUCUGGUCAUCAGAAUGGGGAACGAAUUGAGCGUUUUUCUCGGAAAGUAUUUGUUGGAGGUCUUCCACCAGAUAUUGAUGAAGAUGAAAUUACUGCUAGCUUCAGAAGAUUUGGGCCUUUGGUAGUAGAUUGGCCUCACAAAGCAGAAAGCAAGUCCUAUUUUCCACCAAAAGGUUAUGCAUUCCUCCUAUUCCAAGAAGAGAGUUCUGUCCAGGCACUGAUUGAUGCCUGUAUUGAAGAAGAUGGAAAGCUCUAUCUAUGUGUUUCCAGUCCUACUAUCAAGGACAAGCCAGUUCAGAUCCGUCCCUGGAAUCUAAGUGAUAGUGACUUUGUGAUGGAUGGUUCCCAGCCGCUUGAUCCUCGAAAAACAAUUUUUGUUGGAGGAGUCCCUAGACCAUUAAGAGCUGUGGAAUUGGCAAUGAUCAUGGACCGUCUGUAUGGUGGAGUUUGUUACGCAGGAAUUGAUACUGACCCUGAGCUGAAAUACCCAAAAGGUGCUGGACGUGUUGCUUUUUCCAAUCAGCAGAGUUACAUUGCUGCCAUCAGUGCUCGGUUUGUUCAACUUCAGCAUGGCGAUAUAGAUAAACGAGUGGAGGUAAAGCCAUAUGUGUUGGAUGACCAGAUGUGUGACGAAUGCCAGGGCGCACGAUGUGGUGGAAAGUUUGCUCCUUUCUUCUGUGCCAAUGUCACUUGCCUGCAGUAUUACUGUGAGUUUUGUUGGGCAAAUAUCCACUCCCGUGCAGGACGUGAAUUCCAUAAGCCAUUGGUAAAGGAGGGGGCUGACCGCCCACGUCAGAUCCACUUCCGCUGGAAUUAAACAUGGUGAACCAGCAUCUACAUAAGGAAAGAAGGGUGCAUGUGGCUUACUGUGUUUGAAGAUACUGACAUGCAGAAGAAAUAAGUGCAUUCUUCUGCUUUUCACCCCAGCUAUCAAUACAUGCAUCUUUAUCAGCAGCCAAAACACUACAAGCCUCUUGUUUUUCACCAAAACCCUACAUCUCAGGCUUACUAAUUUUUGUGAUAUUUUCAUGUUAAAAUAAAAUGUUUUUUUGUAUUUUC